GGCAAGUUUCAGAUGCAAAUGAGUCAAAACACAGCUGCACUGUCAGAAAUGAUCAAAACAACACCUUCAUCGCCGUGAGCACUCCUGAAAACCCAGUGAAGCAUUCACGUGUUGCCCCCUAUAACAACAUUUUACCAAAAUCCACAUCAGAACUGCAGUUUUGUGCAACCAUCCAGCAACGAACCAGUGAUAUCAAAUGUGCUCCAAACACGAUGAGGAUUUGAGACAGCACAAUCAAAUAGACCAAGAGUAUGCAGAAGCCAAUGCUGCCCAGUCGUCCUUCGAGCUUGUACCCUUUCCACAGGAAAGACAAUCUAACGCGGAAUUAGGCUGAGCACAUCGCAACUGCAAUGCCACACAUGCUCACAAGCUCUGGUACAGAUACAACUCCUCCGAAUGGAUCAAAGGUGCAAUGAACACCGCUCUAAUCUCCUUAUUAGCCGCCACUUUGCCCGGACAUCUUCACCAAGUUUCAGUCAGCACAUUCACUAGGUUUACAGCUAAAUCAUCCCGAACAACCCACUCACAAUGAGAAUGGCAGCAACAACCAUGGUGUCCUCUUGACUUGCACAUGAAGCAAAUACAUGACCCCUACCCCAGCACCAAACGGUCACUUGCGACGAAGUGUUUAUGAUAAAAAUUUGCCAAACGAACCCAUGAGUGACAGCGUCACGGGCGGUUUCCUGUCCAUUUCCUGCACCGACUUGAGCACCGUCAUGAGCGGCGGUGGGAUGUCAGCGUCAACCUUCUCAGCCUUCUCUCCUGCAUCUGUCGCUUUCUGUUUCCGUCGGAACAAGCCCAUCAACUUCGAGUUGCAAAAUUGCAAAUGACAAAACGUUUUCUUUUUUGUUUUUGGCAAUAAUCACGAUAAAAUCCAGCCGUUACACUGGAAAAUUGCGAUGAGACGACCAAAGGGAAAAGGAAAGCCGCGUUGUUGCCGUUGAGUUUCUUGUUGGCCGCGCCAAUCACGCGCAUCUGCGCUCACCAAGAAGAAAAAAAACAGGAGGAAGGGGGUGAGAAGUCAAGAUGCUGCAGGGAUUGAGGAGGAAAAUCGGCCGCUAUGCACCGCGUGGCGGCGUCAAGGAGACGCCAGAGGAGGAGGAAGAGCUGCUUCCGCUUAAGGAGGACGCCACGCGUUUCGAGGCGGCUGUGUGGCACUUUAAUCGUCAGGAUAAAGCUCUCAGAAGACUCGAGAAACACCUGACACAGAUGCUGGACCAGAUUCAGGUGGAUUAGUAUUUUAUGUUAGAGAAGUUUUUUUUAUCAUUUUUUAUUUAUUUUACUAAAAAAAAUGUGUUGCAGGUUGCUUGUGCCACGAUGGCUACAGUGGCGGAAAUCUUCUCUGAGACCUGCAGUGAUGCAGAGCAAAGUUGCGUGGGAGUUGACUAUAAAUCUGCGAUGAAGCUGAUUGAGCUGCGGGAAGCAGAGAGGAUGGAGCAGUCGAUUCGGUUUACAGUGCUGGACCCUCUUCAAGCGAGAUUGGAACGGUAUGAGCACCUCAGGAAGGAAAUCAAUGCUUGGAACAAAUUAGCGGCGGAGUUGAAGAUUCUGCGCACGGUGACUCUGAAGAUGCAGUCGUCGGGGCUCGAAGAUGACGAUAAGCGAGAACAGACGGAGCUUGCUCUUCACAGAGUGGCAGCAGCUCUACAGGAGCUAGAAGCGUCCUUAUUGCCUCACUUGGAACACGCAAAUCAAUCGGGGGCUGCAACUACGAAGGAUUUAUUCAGCACAACGCGCCUUCAAACGGCGAUUUUCUUUCGGAAUGCCAACGAGACGGUUUUGUCCAGUCUUUUGUGUUCGGAGAAGGAAAUUAUUGCGGAAGCCAACCAGCCGCUUAAAAUUCCCCCUUACGUAUCAAUGUCGGUGAAUUCAAAGCUGACAAAGAUGUCAAGUUCGGCAUCCGAUGCGUGGACCGAGGUGGAUGGAUCCAAUUCAUCUACCGCUCCGGACGGUGUCGAAACGGUGUCAGGCAGUGACGAGGACGACGAAAAUAACGGUUUAUCUUUUACUCUCGAGGACUUUGAAGCUGGUAAGAUUGUCAAGCGUGAAUACGGUGGUGCAGUGGACCAUAUAGCAGCAAAAUCCGUUAACGAGACCAAGUUAGCCACACUGGCAUCGUUCCCAGUGGUUAGUAACGACGAUGGCGAUGAUGACCGAGGAAUGCAGGCUGAUGGAGAAGAGUCUAACCGGAUUCGUCGUUCAACGUCCCCAUCGCCGCGAGCUACGAGCUUUAAACCCAUCACACCGCGAAGAACUGUCAGCAUGCUGUCUUCAAUUCGCAAGACUAUUCAAGGCAAGCUCAGCUACGCGACUGGCGAGACGAGAAUUAUCCGACAGAGUUCAGCGCCAACCGAUACGGCUGUAAGCGGCAGACCAAGUGCUACUAACUCCCCCAGAAAGAGCGGCGAACAGUUGUUUAUUCCUCAAUCUCCUACAGAAUGGCUCGCCAUUGAGGACUGCUUGUGGGAAAUUGACGUGAGGGAGGCCAAGUCACCCGGAAAAUCGCUGCUUCCGGCACAUUCUGUCAGCUCCAAUACAGAUCAACUGUAUGGAUUACUGCAAAAGAAUGAUAUGCUGUACUUCGAAUGUCUAUCGUAUCUACGUGUUGAAGACCUUGCGCGGUUAUCAAAGGUUAACUUUCGCCUCCACUCUCACUUGGUUGGUAGUGCUCCGAUCUGGAAGAAAUGCAUUCGUUCUGGUGGUCUAUCUCCCGCGAUUCGCAGUUCGCUAUGGCUCUCGGUAUUUUACGAAUCUACUCCGUGGCGAUCUAGUACAAUCGCAUCGCACUACCUUUCCGCCGACAGACGGUGUAGUAUGUACGAUCAACUCCUGACAAAAGUGGAUAUGAAGUUGGCUGAUGGGCUAAAUGAGGAACUUCCAGUGAGCAACGAUGACGCUCAGCGUGCCGUUUGGUUCCGGGAGAUCGACGUUGAUGUCGUGCGUACUUGUCACCGGAGUAUCCACGCCAGAAAAACGCGAGUUGUGGCAAAGGCAACAACGACUUCAGAUGUUGACAAUGGUAUUGGAGACUCCGUUGCGUCUGUCCUGAACGAGAUGGUUGACACUAUUGUACGUACUGAGGGAGAGGGAAACUCCGCAAGUACUUCUGAGCCCAGCACGACGGCAGUUGAUCCGGAACUGGAAGCUAAGCUACGUCGCGUACUUCGCGCUUACGUCGUAUAUAAUCCGCGAGUAGGUUAUUGCCAAGGAAUGGGUUUUCUGGUGCGGUUAUUGGCUGAAGUAGCCGAAGACGAAGCGGAUAUUUUCUGGCUGUUUGUGGGGUUCUCUGAACCAGAGAACGAUCGCAAUCUGUACGAGCCUGGAAUGGCAGUGCUUCAGCCCUAUCUAUCCAAGUUUGAAGUGCUGUUUUCGACGCAUAUGCCGGAGCUGUACACGCACUUUCAGAAUGAGGGCGUUCACGUGGCUACAUUUUGUACACGAUGGUUCUUGACGUUCUUUUCAUCAUUUGAGACGUUGGCUCCGACGCUCGUGACGCGUUUAUUGGACAUUUUUAUCAUUGACGGUUGGCGGAUCAUGUUCAGCGUCUCACUUGUCAUCCUGGAUGAACUUCAGCAACAGCUUUUGAAGUCCGACAUGGAGGGAAUUCUACGCGUCCUCCAGUUCCCACGCUGCUAUAUGCCAGAACCAGAUCAAAUCCGCCAGCGACAGCUUGCCCGACACGCAUUAGCAUUCAGUAUUUCUCGAGCUAUUAACUCUAUUUGAAACAAGUUAUGAUUCAACGGAAACACACAUAAAAAUAUUUUCAUUUACAUUUUGCUAUCAAGAUGAAGAGGUAGACUAUGGAGCAAACACUCGAGCAGCUAAAGAC